AUGGGUCCUUCCAAUGUCACUUCCUAUUUUUACAAGGCGCGAAACCGCAUGGAUCCAGAAGAUAUUACCAUGGCUACGCUCGUCACUCGCGAUCGUUUCCCGGUGCUCAGCCGUCUAGCCACCCAUUAUAAAGGACCUAUUUCGGCGGCCAUUCACGUCAAUGACGAUGAGAGCAAAGACGAAACGUUGACGGCGCUUCAGGAGAUGUAUGAAAGCAACGCAGAUGUACAGAAAUAUGUAGAUAUCCAUUUAAUUUUGGAUACCUAUGACCGACAAUUCAACAUGUGGCGCAACGUUGCCAAAUUAUUUGCGCGGACCAAUUAUAUUAUGAUGCUCGAUGUGGAUUUCCAUCUGUGCACCGAUUUACAAAAGUCGAUUCGCGGGAACGCCGACAUCAUGGCUCGCCUUCGUCAAGGCCGUACAGCGUUUGUGGUGCCCGCCUUUGAAUACAUUCUGCAAGCCGACGGAGUGGAUGCGGCCACUUUUCCCAAAACCAAGUCCGAGCUAUUGCAGCAGGUCGGCGACGGGAAAAUUGACAUGUUCCACAAAGGGUGGCUCAAAGGUCAUGGUUCGACGGAUUAUUCCCGCUGGUAUAACGCUACGGACUUGUAUCAAGUUGACGAAUACGAUUUUUCCUACGAGCCCUACAUCAUUUACAAGAAAGAAGACAGUCCAUGGUGCGAUGAACGGUUUAUCGGUUACGGAGCCAACAAAGCCGCAUGCCUUUACGAGAUUUAUCUGUCUGGUAUUGACUAUGUUGUUGUACCCAACGAUUUUCUCAUUCAUCAGACGCAUGAUUACCCCGAAAAAACACGACGAAAAGAGCGCCAGUACAACCGAACGUUGUACAGUCAUUUUAGAGAAGAGAUAUGUAUCCGAUACGCGCGCAUGUUUCUCGCUUCCAGCCAAUGGGAUACGCCUCGAGCCCAAAAUCUUCGAAGAGAAUGUCAGAAAAUCCGUAAUUUUAGAUCCACCCUACGAUCCACGUCAUAG